AUGUUAAGAAAACUCAAAGAUAGUCAGUCAAUUGAUAAAGAUACAUAUUCACGUUUGUUCACUUCUGGAUCAAAACCAGGCGUCCUGUAUGGACUUCCAAAAGUUCACAAAACCGGCUGCCCUCUUAGACCAAUACUUUCAGCUAUUGGCACUUUAAACUAUAACAUCUCAAAUUAUAUAAUGGCAAGUUUUGAUGUUACCAAUCUAUUCACAAAUGUCCCUCUUUCUGAAACAAUUGAAAUCAUCACUGACUCUCUGUUCAACCACAACACUCAUAUAAAUGGCUUGAAUAAGGUACAAUUUAAGAAAUUGCUUGAAAUUGCCACUAAAGAUAUAGCAUUCUUCUUUGAUGCUCAGAAAUUCCUGCAAUAUAUGAAUAUUAAAUUUACUUGUGAGUUAGAGUCCAAUGGUAAACUUCCUUUCUUGGAUGUCAAUAUAAGCAGAGAUAGCAAUAGGUUCUCAACUGCAACAUACAGGAAACCUACAUACACAGGCCUCACCACAAAGUUUGAUUCUUUUAUCCCAAUCAAAUACAAAACUAAUUUGAUCAAUACCCUUAUCAAUAGAGCAUACAAAAUAUCAAAGUCAUAUCAAAUAUUCACCAAGGAAAUAGACUUUAUCACUGACACCCUAAGAAGGAAUGGUUUUCCAUUGUUUGUCAUUCAGAGGUCCAUCAGACAAACCUUAAAUAAUAUUUUUGUAAAAAGAGAACCAGUACAACUUGCCACCAAAGACAUAAUCUACACAAAGCUUCCAUACAUAGCCCCCAGAAGAAGAAGAAAGUUGUUAAACCUUGUAAACUUACACUAUACAACUGUAGAUCUAAGGAUAAUUUUCACGGCCACAAACACAAUUAGCCACUUCUUCAAAGUAAAGGACAAACUUCCCAGCCUAUUAUGUUCAUCUGUCGUAUAUAAAUUCACGUGUAGCAGCUGCAAUGCUGCUUACAUUGGAAAGACUUCCAGGAAUCUUUUCAUUCGUGCAGAUGAACAUAAAGGUGUUUCAUAUAGAACGGGAAGACCACUAGGGAAACCCAUGGAUUCCCCAGUGCGUGAACAUUGUCAACAAUAUAACCAUAGCUUGUCAAGACAUGAUUUCAAAAUAAUAGACUUAUCAUCCUUUGCUUCUAACAUCUCCAUAUUAGAAAGUUUGUGGAUAUGGAAAGGACGACCGAAGCUUAAUGAACAUUUAGCCUCCACCGACAUUGAAUUGCUCCGCUCAUAA